UCGCCAUAAAUCAAUAUGGCCGUCUUUUACCGGUCGGUUUAUAUGUUUUGAUGAUUUCUAAUUUAGAUUCAAAGUCGUCGGUCGUCAUAACAAGUGAAUCAGUGCUGAUUAUCUAGGAUAAUUUUCUAUCGUUAAUUAGUGUGAAAAUAAUUAUGGAAGCGCUUAUUCCAGUUAUAAAUAAGCUUCAAGACGUUUUCAACACCGUUGGAGCUGAUGCCAUCCAAUUACCUCAAAUUGUUGUACUUGGGACUCAGAGUUCUGGCAAAAGUUCUGUAAUAGAGAGCCUUGUUGGGCGUUCCUUCCUACCUCGAGGUCCAGGCAUUGUUACAAGACGCCCACUCAUCCUGCAACUAGUGUACAGUCCAAAAGAUAGUAAAGAACAUCGCUCUGCUGAAGAAGGAACUGUAAAUUUAGAAGAAUGGGCCAAAUUUCUGCAUACAAAGGAAAGGAUCUAUUCAAACUUCGACGAAAUUCGACUAGAAAUAGAAAGGGAAACAGAUCGCAUGGCCGGCAGCAACAAGGGUAUAUGCCCCGAGGCGAUAAAUCUGAAGAUUUUUUCAACCAAAGUUGUCAAUUUGACACUUGUAGAUUUGCCUGGAAUAACAAAGGUGCCCAUAGGUGAUCAACCCGAAGACAUAGAAAAUCAAAUUAGGAAUCUUAUUAUCAAAUAUAUCGCCAACCCUAAUUCAAUAAUACUGGCGGUCACCGCCGCUAACACAGACAUGGCAACAAGUGAAGCCAUCAAAAUGGCUAAGGAGGUGGACCCUGAUGGUAGGAGAACAUUGGCUGUGGUUACAAAACUUGAUCUCAUGGACGCAGGAACCGACGCGAUCGACAUCCUGUGCGGACGAGUGAUUCCUGUCAAACUGGGAAUCAUUGGUGUCGUAAAUCGAUCGCAGCAAGACAUCAUCGAUAGAAAAACAAUAACGGAUGCCUUAAAAGAUGAAGCUACAUACCUCCAAAGGAAGUAUCCAACGAUAGCUUCACGUAACGGCACGCCGUACUUGGCGAAGACCCUAAACCGGCUUCUUAUGCACCAUAUAAGAGACUGUCUACCGGAACUAAAGGUACGCGUUAACGUGAUGAUAUCACAGUUCCAAUCAUUGCUCAAUUCGUAUGGUGAGGAUGUAUCUGACAAGUCUCAGACCCUCUUGCAAAUCAUAACGAAGUUCGCCAGUGCGUACUGCUCUACAAUAGAAGGCACAGCAAGAAAUAUUGAGACUACUGAGCUAUGUGGCGGUGCUAGAAUAUGCUAUAUCUUCCACGAAACUUUCGGACGCACACUGGACUCUAUACAUCCUUUAGUAGGUUUAACACGCAUGGAUAUUCUGACUGCAAUAAGAAACGCUACCGGUCCAAGACCAGCGCUGUUCGUGCCAGAAGUCUCAUUUGAACUGUUGGUCAAACGCCAGGUCAGAAGACUGGAAGACCCCUCAUUGCGCUGUGUGGAAUUGGUCCACGAAGAGAUGCAGCGUAUAGUACAGCACUGCGGUACGGAGGUACAACAGGAGAUGCAGCGCUUUCCUCGGCUGCAUCAACGUAUCGUGGACGUGGUCACGCUACUACUGCGUACUCGUUUGCCUGCUACCAAUGCCAUGGUUGAAAACCUAGUGGCCAUCGAGCUAGCGUACAUAAACACGAAACACCCGGACUUCCACCGCGAAGCCGCCCUCGUUUCGGCGUUACUGACGAGUGACGGGCUCGUAGAGGAGCACGACCGAAUGUACAGACAGAAGAACCCUCGCUCGACACCCACGCCGGUAUCCUCAAUUUUCAAACUAUUCCUUCGCCAAAUGGGUGAAAGAGGGUCCAUACUGGUAUUCUUGGCAAAGGUACUGGAUCGCGGUCAGCAUGUCCCAGCUAUCACCGACGGUCAGGACAGAUCACCGCCUCAUCCUAAUGACUCUCCUAUGACACCUCAGGUGAAUGGCAGUCCAGAAAACAAAGCGAUGACUCCACAGAAACCUGUAAACUUGCUACCUGAGGUGCCGAGCCAGACCUCCAGGAAGCUCUCCGACAAAGAACAACACGACUGUGACGUUAUUGAGCGUCUGAUAAAAUCGUACUUCUACAUCGUACGUAAGUCGAUCAAAGACACUGUACCGAAGGCUGUGAUGCACUUCCUAGUGAACUAUGUCAAGGACAACCUGCAGUCGGAGCUGGUCACGCACCUAUACAAGUCGGACCAGGCCGACAGCCUCCUCAACGAGUCCGAACAUAUCGCGCAGCGGAGGAAGGAAGCCGCUGAUAUGCUUAAGGCUCUACAGCGCGCCGGACAAAUUAUAAGCGAAAUUCGCGAGACCCACAUGUGGUGAUGGUCAACCGAACAAGAAGACUCUAGUCUGUGAAUUAGUGAAUUAGAGCUUAGAGCUCUGUACAUACAUACUCGUGUAUCUACACUCCAUUGUUUUUAACUUGUAUUAUAAUGGAAACAAUCUUUUCGUAAUCUUUUAAGUGUGAAGUGAAGUAUGUGUUAAAAAUAUAAAUUUAUUGCG